AUGAAUAAGCCGACGGAAGACGCCAGAGUUGGCGCAUCUGUCGGUGGUUUGCGCUUGCCUUUGCUUACACCCAUGCAGGAAGAAAUUCAUUGGGUUGAUGCUGAGAAAGGCGGAUCCAUUCUGGCUCAGCACGCUGCUGAAGCUUUGAAGAGUCGAGAGCUGCGUGUUGCAGUGGAUGCAGAAUGGCAGGACCCUAGGCCGCUGUCGCUUCUGCAGCUGGCACUCUCUGUCCGAAAGCAGCCUCCAACAGUCUUUUUGAUCGACAUGGUGCAGCCGCCCUGUGAGUCAACACUGGAUUGGUGCCGGAAGUUGUUGACGGGCAAGCACGAAGUCCUGGUCUUCAGCCCAAAGGAGGAUUCGCGAAGACUCGAAGAGGUCGGCUUGUUACCAGGAGUUGAUCAGUCAAACUGGUUGGAUUUGCAGCGACUUGAUUGGGGUUUGGGCAAUCAGCCUGGUCUUCAAGCAGUCGCAGCUUGGGCUCUUGGCCGUUGGAUGGACAAAUCCUUGCAAACCUCGAACUGGGACCAGCGCCCACUGACCCGAGAACAGCAAGAGUACGCUGCCUUGGAUGCCAGUGUUCUUCUGCAAUUGCAUGACUGUGAUCGUGCAGCCCUUCCACAAAAAGCAGUACUUCACGAAAAGGUUCAGAGCCCAAACCCCUCUGGAGACAUGGCUAUGGCACAAGAGAAGGAGCGGUGGAAUAGCUAUCGUAGUCAUCCCCAGAGACAGCGACCGCGCAUCCUUGCUGAAGGGGCACGUGAGAGGAAUGACGACCUGUGUUUCAUGCUGCCUGCAGCACUUACACGACUGAUGCGGAAGUUGCGUGGUUUGGGUCUUGAUACUGCCAUUCUUCGAGAGGGUGCUCCGCAACGAGAGCUGGUGGAGACUGCAGAGAACGAAGAUAGGAUCAUUCUGUACUACAACACCAAGAACUUGCUGCCUGCUCGAGUAUGCCAUCGCACCUACAUGCUCCGCAGCACAUCCCCUGACGAACAGCUGCGAGAAGUGAUCGAGGCUUUCGACGUAGAUGUCAACUCAGACUGUCUUUGCGGCCGCUGUGUGCAGUGCAAUGCCUGGGAUUGGCAACUGGUGGGCCGCGAGGAAGUCAAAGACAACCCUCAGGUGGCAGCAAAGACUUUGGAGAGCUUCGAUGAGCCCGAUGCCGAGAAAUGUGCGGAAUUCUGCGGACAGUGA